AAAUUUAUACAGGUUUGAACUGUGAGUUUAGGCCUUGUGAGGCCAGCAAUCCCUGUGAGAAUGGAGCUGUGUGCAUAGAAGAAAUGAAUUUGGACGUUUUUCCCCUCGGAUUCCACUGCCAGUGUGUGAAGGGCUUUGCAGGUCCACGCUGUGAGAUCAAUGUCAAUGAGUGCAGCUCUAACCCUUGCCUCCAUGGAUACUGCUAUGACAUUGUCGAUGGCUUCUAUUGUUUGUGCAACCCAGGAUAUGCAGGAUUGAAAUGUGAGCAGGACAUUGAUGACUGCACAGUCAAUGCUUGUGAACACAAUUCUACAUGUGUUGAUCUACAUCUGAGAUACCAGUGUGAUUGCUUGCCUGGAUGGGAAGGAAAAUUUUGUGAAAAGGAAUCAAAUGAAUGUAAUUCAGAGCCUUGUAGAAACAAUGGCACCUGCACAGACCUUUUCAACAGCUAUAGAUGCACAUGCACAGCAGGCUGGACAGGGCCAGACUGCAGUGAAGAUAUAAAUGAAUGUGAAUCUGAACCAUGCUUGAAUGGAGCCACCUGUUUUGAAUCUGUGAAGCCGGGACAGUUUGUAUGCAUUUGUCCUCCAUUUUAUACUGGUGACUUCUGCCACCAGCGCUUCAGUCCCUGUGAGCUGCCUUACAAUCCAUGUAUAAACAAUUCAACCUGCUUGGCACAAGUAGAUGGAAGUCCAAUGUGCAUUUGCAAAACAGGAUUUGAGGGUACUUACUGCGAAGUUAACAGUGAUGAGUGCAUCUCCCAUCCAUGCCAGAAUGGAGGUCUCUGUGUGGAUGGGGUCAACCAUUACAGGUGUUCCUGCCAACAUGGCUUUACUGGGACCCUGUGUGAAGUGGAGAUUAAUGAAUGCUUAUCAAGACCCUGCAAGAACAAUGGAACUUGCCUGGAUCUCAUAAACAGAUUCAUUUGUAACUGUGCACCUGGAUACUAUGGGUCUCUGUGUGAGAUGGAUGUGAAUGAGUGUGAAACUUUGCCUUGUUUACAUGGAGGAAGCUGCAUCAACCGUCUUGGAGGCUAUCGGUGUCUCUGCCUACCUGGAUUCACAGGUGAUAGAUGUGAAGUAAAUAUAGACGAAUGUAUGUCUUCUCCUUGCCUCAACAAUGGAAGUUGCAUUGAUGGCAUCAGUUCCUAUAAGUGUCACUGCAGGAGAGGCUUCAUCGGAACAAACUGUGAGAUAAAUGUUAAUGAAUGCUUGCCAAAUCCUUGUCUUCAUGGAAGAUGCAUAGAUCUCAUCGAUGGGUAUCAAUGCUCUUGUGAACCAGGAUGGACCAGCUCAAGAUGUGAGAUAAAUAUUAAUGAAUGUGAAUCUGCUCCUUGCAUUAACGGAGGCUCUUGUCAAGAUGCCAACAAUGCAUUUGUUUGUGUUUGCCUGAGUGGGUACACUGGCAGGUUUUGUGAAGUUGAUGUUGAUGUUUGCAGUGAGUCUGCCCUGAACUCAGCUCUGUGUUACAAUGGAGGUGUAUGUGUUGAUGGACCUGGAAGAACGUUUCAUUGCAGGUGUCUUGCUGGAUUUUCUGGACAAUUUUGUGAAAUGGAAGUUAAUGAGUGUAAUUCAUCACCGUGUCUACAUGGCUCAACUUGCGCUGAUGAUAUCAAUGGAUACACUUGUAAAUGUCAACAAGGAUGGGAAGGCCUCCAUUGUGAGUUGGAUGUUGAUGAGUGCAUAUCCAACCCCUGCAUACAUGGUAUCUGUGUUCAGAAGGAGCCCAGCUUUGGUUAUUCCUGUUUUUGCAAGCCAGGAUUUGUGGGACGAAGCUGUGAGCUUAAUUACAAUGAUUGUCUUAUACAUUCCUGCUCCACUGGGUUUCUUUGUGUUGAUGGAAUAAAUAAUAUCACCUGUUUACCUGUUAUGCCAGAAAGCAAGAAAAUUCUCACUGAAGUAGCUGAAGUGUUUCCUGCUGAAAUUUUAGACAAUGACCUUCCAUCAGCUCUGGCUGUGUCUAUGGAACUUUGGUCUAAACAUGUUUCUCCUGAUUUUCAUACAGGAGAGAUGUCCCAAGGGCAGGCAAUCGUUGAAACAGGUUGGCCAGAGAGAUUGCAGUUUCCAUCCUUGGGGAUAUUUAGAAUUGAACUGGACAAUGUCCUGAGAAACCUGUUGUAG